AUGUCCGUUGUGAUCUCAAAGAACUACUUCGAAAGGCUCCUCCUUGCUUGUCUACGAGUCAUAUUUAUCACAGUCGUAUUCGCCAUGACUGGGCUCUUACUAUCCAACCAGAACGCAAGCAACAACGUACCUUUUCCAACGAAGGUGCCGCCCAGUAAUGAAUCAGACAGCUUGCUGUUAUCUCAAGCUGUUUGCUUUCAGAAUGGGGAAGACAGCAUUGAACAGUUGAAGCAACUCCUGCUAGACUCAGUAGGAAAUGGAACAGCGGUGGAGAGGGCAUUACUACAGAGCACUCCGGGGAACUACAUUCAGGGCUGGAACCUCUACCUAGUCAUUCUGAUUUGGUACGGUGUAUCCAUUCUUGCAGAGUUGGGCCGAUGCUGUUAUCGAAGUAGGAAAAAACAUCGCGAAGCCGCCGAGAAUAACGGUUGGCACAAGCGCGACAACUGUUUUGUCAAAUUUUUCUCCAGUGUUGGUAGAUUCUCCUACGGAGUAUAUCUUCUUGGCGGAAUAGGCAUCUGCGGAACAACAGUUGUGAUGUCGAGCCUUUACAUUAUGAAUCUGAGGCGUUGGGUGAAAAGGUCGCGAUGGCUUGAGCUGGACGAAGGCGGGCAGAGUGAAGAAGACGAUGCAACAUCCUUUGGGCAGCUUGUGCCUAUUAUAUUGGUGGGAUUGACGGCUUUCACGUUUCUCUCAAUACUGAGUGGUAAGUCGUUGUGCAGGCCUUCACAUUCUUAUCUAUCUGUUCGAUGGCUAACCCCUGACUAG